UGUUGUUCUUCUUUUUGGAUUGCUUCCAUAUUUGAUCAGAUUUUGCAAACCCUUGCCUUACAGUUCCUGUUACUGACGAUAAUCCAUGGCCGGCGAGGACUCUACCGCCAUUGUGGCUGCAAUUCAGUCUCUUCUCCGCAUAAUCCGCGAUGUUGCAAGGAGUUCCGCUACUGGAUUUACAGGAGGCUUCAAGAGGGAUUGUACUGAUCUUUCUAGGAGAGUAGCCUUGUUGUCGCAUUUGUUGGAAGAAAUUAGGGAUUCUCAAGGUGAUUUAAGGCCGUUGGAUUCAUCGCCUUCUUCCUCAACGUCUUCUUCUUUGUUAUCUGAGCUAAUGACAGCUCUUAAAGCUGCUAAAAGACUGCUUCUAUCUGCAGGAAGCUUCGAUCACAAUAUCUCUCCUGACGGAGCCUCCCAGAAAAUUGCAUUUCAAUUCCAAGAUGUUACAUGGAAAUUGGAGAAAGCAUUAUCCAACUUGCCAUAUGAUCGUUUUGACAUAUCAGAGGAAGUUAAAGAACAAGUUGAUUUAGUGAAAGGUCAGUUGAAAAGAGCGACAGCACGAUAUGGUGGACCAAAAGAUUCGAUUGAUAUUUCUUGUGGCAUAUCCAAGCCAUUGGCUAAAGAGUCUGACUCUCUUCAGCCAACCAACAUUGAUCAUCAUGGAUUUGAAUCGAAAGUGGGAGGUAUUCCAAAUGAAAGCCUUUCAAAAGAUCCAGAUGAAAUGAUUCAUCAGUUGGAACUAGAAACUACUGAUGUGGGUUGUACAGUAAACAACAUAGAGGAGAACAAGAAGCUUGAUUCUCCUGUGAUUCCAGAUGACUUCCUUUGCCCGAUUUCGCUAGAGCUCUUCCGAGAUCCUGUUAUUGUGUCCACAGGACAGACUUAUGAGAGAUCAUACAUACAAAGAUGGAUCAAUUGUGGGAAUACAACAUGCCCAAAAACUCAGCAGAAACUUCAAAACUUCAUCCUUACUCCUAACUAUGUCUUAAGAAGUUUGAUCACUCAAUGGUGUACAAAUCACAAUGUUGAACAGCCAACUUUACUAACCAACAGAAAACUGAAAAAGAGCGACGGAACGUUUCUUGAUGUCAGCCGAGAUAUCGAUGUCAUCGAAUCGAUCGUUUAUAACCUCUCGAGUCCGUCUAUUGAAGAACGAAGGGCAGCCGUGUCUGAAAUAAGAUCGUUAUCGAAAAGAAGCACAAACAACCGAAUACUCAUCGCUGAAGCAGGAGCAAUCCCAAUCCUUGUCGAUUUAUUAACAUCCGAAGAUAAUAUUACACAAGAACAUGCCGUGACUUCGAUUCUCAACCUUUCAAUAUACGAAAACAACAGGGGACUCAUAAUGCUCGCAAAUGCAGUACCUUAUAUUGUAAAAGUCCUCAAAGCCGGAAUCAUGGAAGCACGAGAAAAUGCAGCCGCUACCCUUUUUAGCUUAUCACUUGCGGAUGAAAAUAAGAUCAUAAUCGGUGCAUCUGGAGCAAUUCCUGCUUUGGUUGAUCUGCUUGAAUAUGGGAGCCGAAGAGGCAAGACCGAUGCUGCGACCGCGUUGUUUAAUCUGUGUAUGUACCAAGGAAACAAGGGGAGGGCGGUCAGGUCGGGGAUCAUGGUGGCACUACUCAAAAUGCUGACGGAUUCAGGUGGUUCGAUGGUUAAUGAAUCAUUGACGAUACUUUCUGUUCUUGCUACCCACCAAGAAGCUAAAGCGGCUAUGGUAGAAGCUGGCAUUAUUCCUAAUUUGAUCGAUCAUAUGACGGUAGGGAUCCCGAGAAACAAAGAAACCGCUGCUUCGAUUUUGGUUUCGUUGUGCAAGAGAGACGACGAGAAUCUUGUGUGUAUAAACAGGCUCGGGGCCGUGGGACCGUUGAUGGAGCUUGCCACAAAUGGCACGGAACGGGGUAAACGAAAGGCUAACUCGUUGUUGGGGCAACUCGAAAGGUUACGACAACAACUCGAACACGUCUAAGCGACCGCCAACUAACUUCUUUCGGGUACUUUAUUUAUCUCAUUCAUAUUUUUUACAGCGUGGGAUUUACCGGAUUGGUUUGAUUUUUAACAUAUUAUUUUCAUGGCAUGAAGAAGAACAAAGAGUUGAAGC